CCCUCUUUGAUAAAUUUCUGUUCCAAAAAGUUUGCAACUUUUUUUUUCCUCUUUCUCCUUCUUCUUCAUCAUCUCUCUCGGCUUCAACAUACAUAUAUAUAUAUAUAGAGAGAGGGAAUUUCUAGAAGGGGCCUUUGAAAAUGGCAGGAAUUUGUCGUAUAUCAAGCAGAUUUAUGCGAAAAUUAGGUCAAGAUCAAUUACAAAGACGAUCAUUCGGAGCAGCAGCACUUGAGAUAGACUAUUAUUCUGAGGAAGAAGAAGAAUUUUAUAAAGGUCGGAAUGAAUUGUUAUUAGCAGCAGAAUCAAAGGGUUUUAAAUCUGAAAAAGGUGUACAAUGGGUGUUUAUUGGAAAUCCAAGUGUUAAAAAACAUUUGUAUGCUGAAAAACUAUCAAAGCUUCUUGAUGUUCCUCAUAUCUCUAUGGGUACUCUUGUUCGUCAAGAACUUCAUCCUCAUUCUUCUUUAUACAAACAGGUUGCCAAUGCCCUAAAUGAGGGGAAGCUUGUACCCGAGGAUAUAGUAUUUGGUUUGUUAUCAAAGAGACUAGAAGAAGGAUAUCAUAGAGGCGAAUCUGGUUUCAUUCUUGAUGGAAUUCCUCGUAACAGAAUUCAAGCAGAGAUUCUUGAUCAGAUUGCGGAUAUUGAUUUAGUUGUCAACUUUAAAUGCAUGGAUGAGUGUGUGUUGAAAAAACAUAUGGGACAUGGUUUAUGUUCUCAUUGUCAGGAAGCUAUUGGCACAAAAAGUUCAAUAUCCUCAUAUAUUCAAAGACAACAACAUAUUCAAUUGGGUUCAACCAAAGAUGGUGUUGUUCGAAAGGAGAAACUUCAGUCAUACUCAGAGCAGAUAAAGCCAUUGGAAGAAUACUAUAGGAUGCAAAAGAAGAUUCUUGAUUUCCAAGUAGCCAGUGGAGUUGGAGAGACUUGGCAAGGGCUCGUGGCCGCGUUACAUUUGCAGCAUGUUAAUGCAGUUCAUUCUUCACAGAAAUUGACAGCAUAAUGCCGCACAUCCUAUUACUCAACUUCUCAACCCUGUCUUGUGUUUUUUGUUUUGCACACCAAUUUUGGCAAUUGUAGUAUAGAUAAAAGUGUCUGAUGGUAAGAAUGGUGAAGGUUUAUCUCUGCUUACAUCUGGCGGGUUCGAAGAUGUUUCUAAAAUUGUACUCCCUCCGCCCCACUAUUAAGUGACCUAGUUUAUAACUAAAUUUAGUUAUAAACUAGGUCACUUAUGGGACGGAGGGAGUACCUUUCCUUAUGAGUGUAUUUUGGUUUUGAAGGUUGUGAGUCUGUAAUGUAGUUCCGGCGAUGAGAAGAAAUACAGUAUGCUGGCUUUUGUGAGCUUAGGCGAACUUCUGAUGUUAAACAAUUCUCUGCAGUAGCAUUGAGAAUUUGAGAUUAUUAGUGCAUUUCCCAUACGGUUCUCUUGCAA